AUGAAGUUGUCUACUAUUUUUGCCGGCGCAACCCUCCUUGCCGGUAUUACUAUGGCCGAACUGGACCCUAUAGUGAUCAAGGGUAGCAAAUUCUUCUUCAAGAGCAACGAUACCCAAUUCUACAUGCGUGGUGUUGCCUAUCAGCAAGAACUGCCCAGCAGUAGUACUGGCGGCACCUAUUACAAAGACAUUCUGGCCGAUACUACCGCCUGCAAGCGAGAUGUUCCCCUCUUGCAGGAACUCCGGACUAACACUAUCCGUGUCUAUUCGAUCGACCCUGAAGCGGACCAUACUGAGUGCAUGAAGCUCCUUACCGACGCCGGCAUCUAUGUUGUGGUGGAUAUGGCGCAACCCGCGGAGUCGAUCAACCGUAACGACCCAUCGUGGGAUAAUGCCCUAUAUAAACGCUAUACUGAUGUGGUUGAUGAGAUGGCUAAAUACACCAACACUAUUGGGUUCUUUGCUGGGAACGAAGUCUCCAACCAGAAGAACAACACUCUUGCUAGCGCUUUUGUGAAGGCUGCUGUGCGCGAUAUAAAGCGAUAUAUCAAAGCUAAGAACUAUCGCGCCAUGGCUGUUGGGUAUGCCACCAAUGACGACGCUGAAAUUCGUGUGGAUAUGGCCAACUAUUUCAACUGUCAAUCUGAGGAAGAAAGUAUUGAUUUCUGGGGCUACAAUGUGUACUCGUGGUGUGGAGACUCGUCUUAUGAGAAAUCUGGCUACAAAGCUCGCACUGAGGAAUUCGCUAAUUAUUCCGUUCCAGUGUUCUUUGCCGAGUAUGGUUGCAACCUUGUCAAGCCUCGCAAGUUCACUGAUGUGGCUGCUCUCUACGGUGACCAGAUGGCGAAGGUUUGGUCCGGGGGUAUUGUCUAUAUGUACUUCCAGGAAGCCAAUGACUACGGUUUAGUAACCCUUAAGGGUGAUACUGCCAGCAAGCUCCCCGACUUCUUCGGCUAUUCUGAGCAAAUCGCAAGCGUCAAUCCUACAGGUGUCAAGAAAGCCGACUAUUCUCCUUCCAACACAGCUCUUGAAUCUUGCCCUACUAUUGACGGCAACUGGUUUGCCAGAGCUAGUCCACUACCCCCUUCUCCUAACCCCGAUCUUUGCACAUGCAUGGAUGCCUCUUUGGAAUGCGUGGUGAAGGACGAUGUUUCGAAUAAAACCUUUGCCGACCUUUUCAAUACCGUCUGUGGCUAUGGGGUUUGUGAUGGCAUUUCCACUAAUGCAACUUCCGGUGAAUACGGCUCCUACAGCGUGUGUAGUGCGAAGGAGAAAUUGUCCUUUGCUUUCAACAGAUACUAUCAGGAACAAAAGGCCAAGGGCAACGCUGCGUCCGCUUGUGAUUUCGCUGGCGCUGCGAGCACUAAAAUCCCUAAAAGUCCUAGUAGCACCUGCUCUAGCCUGCUCGAUGCCGCAGGCGCUGAAGGGACCCGCACAGUUACUGCUUCUCCGACCGGUGGCUCUGUUCUGAACUCUCCAUCUUCCAGUACUGGUGCCGCCCAUCCUAUGGCAACUGUUAGCAGCGUAAAUAUUGGGCUGUGGCAGCUUGGCGCCUAUGCAGUAACAGCGUUUGUCGCUGGUUUCGCGAUGAUUCUUCUAUAG